GCAAUGUAUUAUUUUUAAAUGCUGGUGAUCAUUUUCAAGGUACAUCCUGGUAUACAUUACUUAAAUCUAAAGUUGUUGCAGAUUUUGUUAAAUUAAUGAAACAUGAUGUAAUGACAUUGGGCAAUCAUGAAUUUGAUGAUGGACCGGAAGAGUUGAAAAAAUUUCUAAAUCUUAUGAAUGGAUCGCUACCGAUUGUUUGUUGUAAUGUUGAUUUUGAUCAAUCACUUGGUAUUCAUAGUAGUAUGGUGGAAAAAUCGAUUGUAAUUAAUAUCAAAAAUACCAAAGUGGCCAUCAUUGGAUAUCUAACCCCUGAUACAAGAUUUUUAUCCAGUCCUGGUGAACAUGUCAAAUUUCGUGAUGAAAUACAAGCCAUUCAAGAAGAGAUACAGUCAUUAAAAGCUAAACAUCCGGAUUUGAAUAUUUUUAUUGGUCUUGGCCAUUCUGGUUAUGAUCGUGAUAUUGAAAUUGCCGAAAAGAUACCCGAUUUGGAUGUAAUUGUUGGUGGACAUAGUCAUACAUAUUUAUAUAGUGGAAAAAAACCACCAUCCAUAGAGAAGCCAAAUGGUCCAUAUCCAACCAUUUAUGAGCAUGCAAUUAAAACAAGUAAUUAUGAAAAUAAUGAAACAACAUUGAUUGUACAAGCAUUUGCUUUGGGAAAAUAUAUUGGCAUUUUAAAUCUUACAUUCAAUGAUGAUGGCCAAAUUGUUGAAUACAGUGGUGAACCGAUUCUAUUGACUCAUAACAGUACAGAAGAUGCUGAAACAAAAGAACGAGUUCAAUCAAUUAAUAAAGAAUUAGCCAUUAAAUAUAAUGAAACAUUUGGAAUGGCCACCGAAGAAUUCACACAAAAUACAUGUAGAUCAAAGGAAUGUACAUUAGGCAAUUUGAUUACCGAUUCUUUUGUCGAUCGUUUUAUUAUGUUACAACAAAAUAAAAAAAUACGAAAACAUUCCUGUCAAGUGAUGUCAUUGAUAAAUGGUGGAAAUAUUCGUACCAGUAUCGAUAAAGGUCCCAUUACAUAUCGGAAAUUAAUUUCUGUACUACCAUUCAGUAAUGCUUUAGGAAUAUUGACUGUAAAUGGAUCAGAAUUUGAAAAUUUUGAAAAUUCCGCUGAACAACAUGAUCGUGGUGGUUUUCUACAAAUAUCCGGUGCACGUGUUACAUAUUCGACUACACCUUGUAAAACUGUGAUUAAAAAAUCUAAAUUAAUCAAUGUUGAAGCUUUUUGUAAUAACCAAUGGACACCAAUAGAAAAAGAAAAUACAUUUCAAGUAAUCAUCAAUAGUUUUAUGUCACGUGGUGGUGAUAAUUAUACUAUCAACAUAAACAAAUGGCUUGAUUAUCAAUUGAUUGAUCGUGAGGUAUUGAGUGAAUACAUUCGUAAACGACAGAAUGUAACUCCAAAGGUUGAGGAUCGUAUCCAAUUUAUCAUUGCCAAUGAUGAUAAUGGCUACAAUUCUUGUAAAACGUUGACCAUUAAUUCAUACUUAAUAUCAUUUGUCAUGACAAUAUUAAUUUACAUCAUAUUGAGUCAAAUUUUAUAAUAAUUAAAUUUAAUUAUGAUUUUAAUAUAACAA